CGGCCAGCCAUGCUUUAAAAGCCAGCAGGCACCGAGCGUCCGGGCCUGCUGCCCGUCCUCGGGUCUCCGAGACGGGCCUGGAGGCCACACCAUGGUCUGCGAGCUCCUGCUCUCAGGUGGGGACGAGGUCCCCGGCCGGCUCCUGAGGCCCAAGGCCUCCCGGAGAAGCGGCUCUGCCAGGGCCUUGUCGCUGCCGUCGUCGCCUUCGCAGCGUCCUGUCCCUCGCGAGAACGACGCCUCGUCUGAGAACGAGCAGCUGCUGAGCCGAAGCGUGGACAGCGACGAGGAGCCGGCCCCCGACAAGCAGGGCUCCCCUGAGCUGUGCCUGCUGUCGCUGGUGCACCUGGCCAGGGAGAAGCCUGCGCCCAGCAACAGGGCCGCCGGGAUUCAGAGCCGGAGGAAAAAGAUCCUGGACGUGUAUGCCAACGUGUGUGGCGUCGUGGAAGGUCUUAGCCCCACGGAGCUGCCGUUCGAUUGCCUUGAGAAGACCAGCCGAAUGCUCAGCUCCACGUACAACUCCGAGAAGGCCGUGGUGAAGACAUGGCGCCACCUGGCCGAGAGCUUUGGCCUGAAGCGGGAUGAGAUCGGGGGCAUGACCGACGGCAUGCAGCUCUUUGACCGCAUCAGCACGGCGGGCUACAGCAUCCCCGAGCUGCUCACAAAACUCGUGCAAAUCGAGCGGCUGGAUGCCGUGGAGUCCUUGUGUGCAGACAUCCUGGAGUGGGCAGGGGUCGUGCCACUGGCCCCCCAGCCGCCCACUGCGUCCUGAGGAGCACGCCUCGAGCUGUCCUCCC